GGCCAGGGCGCUCGGAGGCGCCGGCCACCGCGUCCGCGCCGCGGAGCUGGCCGCCGGGGCGCGGCGAGCAUGGAGAAGUUGGCGAGGAGGUCCGGAGAACCCAGGAAUUUCCAAGCUGUUUUGCCACCUGAGCUCUGGAUCCACCUGGCCGUGGUGGCCUGUGGCAAUCGGCUGGAGGAGACACUGGUCAUGCUCAAAUCAGCUGUGCUCUUCAGCCACAGAAAGAUGCAAUUUCACAUCUUCACAGAAGAAUCUCUGAAGCCUGAGUUUGAUAAACAGUUACGACAGUGGCCUGACUCAUAUACAAAGAAGUUCGAGCACAGGAUCUACCCCAUCACAUUUUCAGUUGGAAACCCUCAGGAAUGGAAGAAACUAUUCAAACCUUGUGCUGCCCAGAGACUCUUUCUUCCGGUGAUUUUAAAGGAUGUGGACUCCCUUCUCUACGUGGACACUGACGUUCUCUUUCUGAGACCUGUGGAUGACAUCUGGAAGCUUCUGAGGCAAUUUAAUUCCACCCAGCUUGCAGCCAUGGCCCCGGAGCAUGAAAUCCCCAAGAUUGGCUGGUACAGCCGCUUUGCUCGGCACCCUUUCUAUGGCUCUGCAGGAGUUAAUUCCGGAGUCAUGCUGAUGAAUUUAACUCGUAUAAGAAGUGCCCAGUUCAAGAACAGCAUGAUUCCAACAGGCUUGCCUUGGGAGGACAUGUUAUACCCUCUGUACCAGAAGUACAAGAAUGCCAUCACGUGGGGAGACCAGGAUUUAUUAAAUAUUAUUUUUUAUUUCAAUCCAGAGUGUCUCUAUGUGUUCCCCUGCCAGUGGAACUACCGUCCCGAUCACUGCAUGUACGGAAGCAACUGCAAAGAAGCUGAACGUGAAGGUGUGUCUGUUCUGCAUGGGAACCGAGGCGUCUACCAUGACGAUAAGCAGCCAACUUUCAAAGCACUCUAUGAAGCAAUACGGGAUUUUCCCUUUCAAGACAAUCUCUUUCAAUCCAUGUAUUACCCUCUUCAGCUGAAGUUUCUGGAGACUGUGCACACUUUAUGUGGACGAAUCCCACAAGUUUUUCUGAAGCAAAUUGAGAAAACAAUGAAAAGGGCUUAUGAGAAACACGUCAUCGUCCGGGUCGGCCCCAACCAGAUGCGCUGAACAUUUCGUAUUGUUGCAAGUCAAUUAAGCAUCUCAUGAAGGAGGAAAUAUUCAUCUUUAAGCCACCUGGAUCUCUUUUGUGUGAUUAUUUAAUGGUGCUAUAUGACAAUUGAGUUUAAAAAGCAUUGUCAAAUGUUGCUAAAUUAGUUGUCCCUAAAAGGAAAUAUGCUUUAAUGUUUUCUAAGAUGCUAUUUAUCUCUCUGUUUUUUAAAAAAUUAUAUUAUUACUCAUUUAACAUUGUUCAAGCAGGUUGAGCUAGCUGUGAAAAAGAACUUUUGUGAGCCUUCCAAUUCCUGUUAAGUGUCUGAGACAAGGUCAAUGGCAUCUGACGUGGUAUAUUUAUCUAGCAUUCCCGAGACUCUUUCUAUGCAAUUGACUCCCCUAUGUCCUUGUUAUAAAAGUAAUACGUGCUUGUUGUAA